AUGGCGGAGGUCACCGAACAGAGCCUGGGGCUCACGGAUCUGAUGAAGCAGCUCCUCGACGGCUUCAACACCCUCAAGGCCGGGCAAGCGGAGACGCAGGAGGCGCUCCGUGGGAUCCAAGCGCGCACAGAUGCAGUGGAGGCGCGCAUCGCGGAGGCAGUCGCGCACACGCCACCGCCGCCAGCUCCAUCACCCAUGGCGAUGGGUGCGGGAGCGACCAUGGCUUCGACUCACCCGAGUUCGUCAUCAUCGACCCCACCUAGCGGAACGACAUCGACCUCGCUUCUCGGCAUGCCGUGCGAAAUGGGAUAUGGUCAGAUCGACCACCGCGAUCCACUACUAUUCUGGGGUGAUGCUCCGGGUAUCCUCGGAUUCCCGUUGCCAGCCCCGGGCACAGGAUUCUAUGGUAAUGCUGCAUUGUGGUUCCAAGGAGUAGAAGCUAAGGGUCGAGUUGAACAUUGGCAUGACAUGUGCAAACAUCAAUUGCUUUUAUACAACCCACACAUAGAUGAAGGUCACUUUAUUGAUGAGUUCAUAGCUGGUCUUAGAGAUGAAAUUCGUACUGCAAUUUGGUUACAUCGUCCCCAAGAAUUGGAAACUGCGCAUUUGCUCGCCUUGAUGCAGGAGGAGGAAUCUGCACCUGUGAAGAAGAGGUCGUAUUCUAAACAUGAGUAUAAGGAUAAUGUAAAACCCAAGUGGCAUGCUGCUAAAAGCAAUGAUGAUCAUCAGUCGAGUAACAAACAGUCGAGCAACACCAAAGCAGAGGACAAAUUGGCAGCAUUGAAGGCAUAUCGGAGGGAGAAGGGACUCUGUUUCACUUGUGGCGAGAAGUAUAGCAGAUCUCACAAAUGUCCUGACAGAGUGCCUCUACAUGUCAUUGAAGAACUGCUUGAAGUCUUGCAGAUUCAGUCCGGUGAUGACAGUUCAGAGGACAGUGAUCCUGAGUCUGAAGGGAACGGAUCGACCUCAAAUACUCCAAGAGGGUCGUUCAUGAUUGUGUCAUCGUUUAUCAACUCUGACUUGGUGGACAAAUUGCAAUGCACAAAAAAGAAUCUUCCGCCAGCUACUUAUGUGGUGGCAAAUGGAGCUAAGAUGCAAUGUACUGAAUAUGUGCCUCAGCUGGAGUGGAGCACUCAAGGUCACACAUUUCAGCAGGAUGUUAAAAUUCUUCCUCUUGGUUGUUAUGACAUGAUUCUCGGUGAGGAUUGGCUGGAUGAUCACAGUCCCAUGUGGGUGCAUUGGCGGCGCAAGCGCAUGCGAUUCACUCAUAAGCAUCGCAGGAUCACGUUAAAUGGAGUGUCAGACAAUAUCAAGACGUGCAGACCUGUAAAGAUUCCUAAACUUCAAGGCUUGCAACGCAGAGGUGCUAUCACACACAUGGUGCAAGUGCAUUGGGCGGCUGAAGGGCACAUUAUUCAGGUGCAGGCAUUGCAAGAGAAACAGGGAGAUAGCACGGCUUCAGCUUUAGCACCGGAAAUCCAGCAGUUGUUGGAUGCCCAUGAAGGACUGUUCUCCAAACCUGAAGGGUUACCCCCAUCCAGAACUGCUGAUCACCGCAUUCCCCUGGUUCCAGGAGCUCAACCUGUCAAGGCCAGGCCCUAUCGUUAUACACCACAACAGAAAACUGAGAUAGAGAAUCAGGUUAAAGAGAUGAUUAAGUCAGGAAUAAUCAGAUUGAGUUCCAGUCCGUUUGCUUCCCCUGUGUUACUGGUGCGAAAGAAAGAUGGCACUUGGCGCUUUUGUGUGGAUUACAGGCAACUGAAUUCUCUGACUAUCAAGCACAAGUAUCCGGUUCCAGUAGUGGACGAGCUAAUUGAUGAGUUAGCAGGUGCAUGUUGGUUCACGAAAUUGGAUCUAUCCUCAGGAUAUCAUCAGAUCUUGUUGGCUGAUGGGGAACAGCACAAAACUGCAUUUCAAACUCAUCAUGGCCUGUAUGAGUUUCUAGUAAUGCCGUUUGGACUAACUAAUGCUCCAGCUUCAUUUCAAGGUCUUAUGAAUCAAGUCUUUGCUCCUCUGCUCCGGAAGUGCGUAUUGGUCUUUGUGGAUGAUAUCUUGAUUUACAGUCAAUCUCUCCGUGAACAUGUUCAGCAUUUGAAGUGUGUUUUUGAGUUGCUGCAACAAAAUCAGUUAUUCUUGAAGCGCAGCAAGUGUUCCUUUGCCUUGCAAGAGUUGGAAUACUUGGGGCACAUCAUUGGUAAAAAUGGAGUGUCCACUGAUACGACCAAAGUACAAGCAGUGAAAGAUUGGCCUCAGCCGAAGAAUGUGAAAGAGUUGAGGGGUUUUCUGGGUCUCACUGGGUAUUACCGUAAGUUCAUAAAAAAUUAUGGUAUGAUUGCUAAACCAUUGACACAACUGUUGUGCAAAGGAGUUUUGUUUCUUUGGGGGCCAGAACAGCAGCACUCAUUCCAACUUCUCAAGGACACUAUGGUGCAAGCACCGGUGCUAGCCAUCCCAGAUUUCUCUCAGAGUUUUGUUUUGGAGACUGAUGCUUGCAACACUGGGAUUGGCGCAGUAUUGAUGCAAAAUGGCCAUCCCGUGGCAUUCUUAAGCAAGUCAUUGUGCCGCCGCAAUCAGACACUUUCAACAUAUGAGAAAGAGUGUUUAGCCAUUAUUCUAGCUGUGGACAAGUGGAGAGCAUCAGCGCCUUUUGACAGGGAUCCAGCAUAA